AUGGCACCAGGGCGACUGGGUCAGGGAGAAGAUAGGCAAGAGGAGCCUCAUCUGUCACUGUCUGCUUCCCAUUACAAUCGAGACGUUAGAGUGAAGGUGCCUUCUAGAGCUCAAGAGGUCGUAGUGAAGGUGCCUUCUAGAGCUCAAGAGGUCGGGGUGAGGGUGCCUUCUAGAGCUCAAGAGGUCGUGGUGAAGGUGCCUUCUAGAGCUCAAGAGGUCGUGGUGAGUGUGCCUUCUAGAGCUCAAGAGGUCGUGGUGAGGGUGCCUUCUAGAGCUGAAGAGUACGUGGAGAGGGUGCCUUCUAGAGCUCAAGAGGUCGUGGUGAGUGUGCCUUCUAGAGCUCAAGAGGUCGUGGUAAAGGUGCCUUCUAGAGCUCAAGAGGUCGUGGCGAAGGUGUCUUCUAGAGCUCAAGAGAUCGUGGUGAAGAUGCCUUCUAGAGCUCAAGAGAUCGUGGUGAAGAUGCCUUCUAGAGCUCAAGAGGUCGUGGUGAGGGUGCCUUCUAGAGCACAAGAGGUCGUGGUGAGGGUGCCUUCUAGAGCUCAAAAAGUCGUGGUGAGGGGUGCCUUCUAG